AGCACAUAGAUGGCAUAGGAUGGCAUUGUUGUAAAUAGAAGGAAAAAAAGGUGCAAUGAGUUUUGUAGAAGAAAAGAAAGUCGCUGGAGGCCAAAUAAUCCCUACCACCAAAAUACCGCUGGCCAUCUCUCUCACUCUCGCUUUCUAUCCGUAGACAACGCAAAAUUUUUUAUUAUUCGAAACGAAGAAUCAGAGAAGAAAAUUCAAAUUUCUCCCCCAAUUUCAAAAAUCCAAACAAACUUCAAGCUUCAAAAAUCAAAACAAAUCAACCAUCGAAAAUCCUAGUUUUUCAUUUUAUUCAUCUUUGGUUGGUUUUUUAAUCCCGCUGUUAGGGUUUGCAGAUCAAUCAACAAUGACAGCGCCUCUUUGGCAUUAAGUAUACGUGCUCUCGAUUCUUCUUAAGCUCAGAGAAAGGUACGUUUACGGUUUACAUGCAUUACUCUAUUUUUCUGAUCAAUAAUUUUCCAUUUUAAUGUGAUUUUGAUUUUGUCUCCCAAAACAUUGUAUUGUAUCGAUUUGGGAAAUGGAGUGGUCUGUAUGAUCCGAUUCGACUUUUCAAGUGAAAUGUGAUCUUUGAGCUAUUAUUCUUCAACCUUGGCGACUCUUUUCGGUGUUGGAACUAUAUUUGAGAGAAAUACACAUUAGAAUCUGCAAAUCAUGGUUGCCACAGCUGCAACUGCAUCUUUGUUUCCGAUUUCUUCCUCACAACCUGAAUCCGGUGGCAAGAAUUCCAGUAAGCAUGGAGGUGGUUUGGGUAGUGUUGAUAUGCAUGGAAUGAAGACAAAAUCCCGAGGUUUACAAGUUAAGACUAAUGCACAGGCUCCUACAAAGGUAAAUGGUACUAGAAUAGGUGUGAUGGAUGGGCUCAACCUGAAGAAUGAUGAUAAUCCAACAUCAACUGCUCCAAGAACUUUUAUCAAUCAACUGCCUGAUUGGAGCAUGCUACUUGCUGCUAUCACAACCAUUUUCUUGGCUGCUGAGAAGCAAUGGAUGAUGCUAGAUUGGAAAACUAAACGCCCUGACAUGCUUUCUGAUCUUGAUCCUUUUGGUUUAGGUAGAAUGGUUGAAGAUGGGUUUGUUUUUCGUCAAAACUUUUCCAUUAGAUCUUAUGAAAUAGGGGCUGAUCGAACUGCAUCAGUAGAAACGUUAAUGAAUCAUUUGCAGGAAACAGCUCUUAAUCAUGUAAAACACGUUGGACUCUUGGGUGAUGGGUUUGGUUCGACUCCUGAGAUGUGCAAAAAGAAUUUAUUUUGGGUGGUGACAAAGAUGCAAGUUCUGGUAGAUCGUUAUCCCACUUGGGGCGAUAUGGUCCAAGUAGAUACAUGGGUCGCUGCUUCAGGGAAAAACGGUAUGCGACGUGAUUGGAUGAUACGCGAUUAUAAAACUGGAGAAAUACUAACAAGAGCUUCAAGCAAUUGGGUGAUGAUGAAUAAAGUUACAAGGAGGUUAUCUAAAAUACCUGAUGAAGUCCGAGCUGAAAUUGUGCAAUUCUUUGUAGACACGCCUCCACUUGUUGAUGAUGACAACAUUAAGUUGCCAAAAUUCGAUGACAAUACUGCUGACCAUGUUCGUAAUGGUCUAACUCCAAAGUGGAGUGAUUUGGAUGUGAAUCAGCAUGUCAACAAUGUGAAAUAUGUUGGCUGGAUUCUUGAGAGUGCUCCGCAGCCUGUAGUGGAGAAUUAUGAGCUGGCAAGUAUGACUUUGGAGUACAGGCGGGAGUGUAUGAAGGACAGUGUGCUGCAGUCACUCACGUCCUUAUUGGGAAAUGACGAAAAUGGGUCUGGUGAUCCGAAUCUUGUUGAUUGUCAGCAUCUGCUUCGAUUAGAAGGAGGUGGGGGUGAAAUUGUGAAAGGGAGAACAAAGUGGAGACCAAAAUAUGCAAACAGAUUGAGUGGGUAGGUAAGUGGCAUUAUGGUCAUUUUGGUAUUAUUGAUACUUGUGUUGUUGCAAAAUUAUUUGCAAUGUUUUGACCUCUCGUCUAUAUAUAAUAUAUAUAUAUAUAUAUAUUGGGUUGGAAAGUGUAAGAAUUAAGAAGCCUGUUGUAAGUAAGCCCUUCCCCUUUAUGAACAAAACUAUCUCUUUGGAUUUUGCUUAUUUGGAUUGGAUGUGGCAAUUCUUUAUUAUUUUAUAAUCACCUGUUUCUUUGGAAUGCGAGGGUAAAAUAGUCAUUUUGUGUAUAUGGUGCAUUAUACAUACCGACAUUAUUAGUCAUUCAGCACAUUAUCCAUUCAGACAUUAUACUAUAGUAAACAGAUAAAAUCUAUAAUGAAAGCUAUGAUGAUUUUUUUAAUCAAUGUAUUUGUAUGGUUAUUGAUAGUAAAUUAUUAUUUUUG